UAGAGACAAGCAUUCCAGGGCUGCUCGGCACAGCUUUUUAAAGAGCUCAUGGCUGGAAAACUAUAAGAACCUCGUCGACGUUGGCUCUGCUGCGGGGAGACCUAACUCCUGCCAUAAUUCAGCUCCUCUACCCGGUAGCAUGAAUUCCAGGCUUGGAACCAGUCCUCUGUACACCAGCCUCUGGGACUUUGAUGCUAGGACACGGACAGAAAUCAGCUUCCAGGCAGGAGACCUCUUCCAGGUCAUCAGGCAAGAAGGAGAAUGGUGGUGGGCCAGGAAAGUCGACGGCUCGAACAGGAUCCUAGCCGAAGGUUAUGUUCCUUACAAUUACUUAGCUGAGCAGGAGACAAUGGAGGCAGAAUCCUGGUUUUUUGGGCAGAUCUCGCGUUCCGAGGCAUUACACAGGCUGCUGUCAGAAAAGAACAAGACGGGGGCCUUUCUAAUCCGAAUCAGUGAGAAAAAAGAUACUGACUACGUGCUUUCAGUUCGGGAUGACUCAAUUGUGAGGCACUACAAGAUCUGGCGGAACUCCCAGGGGAACCUCUACAUGAACGCUGCGCUCUCCUUCCCGGAUCUGCUCAGCCUAGUGGAGCAUUACAAAGCGAAGAAUCUUACCCACGGCCUGAGACUGACAAUCCCCUGCUGGAAGCAAGAACAAGAGCCUCUGCCUCACUGGGAUGACUGGGAAAGACCCAGAGAAGAAUUCAGUUUCAUCAAGAAGCUGGGAGCUGGAUACUUUGGAGAAGUUUAUGAAGGAUACUGGAAAAAGAAGGUCAAAGUUGCAAUUAAAACAAUCCCCAAAGCUGACCUGACAUACCAGGCCACUUUCAAGAACGAAAUCGAGGUAAUGAAGAAUCUGAGGCACAAGCACAUCCUCUCCCUCUAUGCCAUCUCUUCUGUUGGAGAUCCUGUCUACAUCAUCACCGAGCUCAUGCUCAAAGGAAACCUGCUAGAUUUUCUCCGAGAGUCAGAAAGGGAGCAUCUGGAAAUGACCGAUUUGGUUGACAUGGCAUCCCAGGUGGCUGAUGGGAUGUGCUACUUAGAGUCUCAGAAUUUUGUUCACCGAGAUUUAGCUGCUAGAAAUAUUCUUGUUGGAGAAAACAACAUCUGCAAAGUGGGUGACUUCGGCCUGGCCAGGCUUAUCAAGGAUGAUGUGUACUUGUCUUACUCCAGGAAUAUCCCCUAUAAAUGGACAGCCCCUGAGGCCAUUUCACAUGGACGCUAUUCCACCAAGUCCGACGUUUGGUCUUUUGGGAUCCUUCUAUAUGAAAUUAUCACCUAUGGACAGAUUCCAUAUCCAGGUAUGAGUAAUAGUGAGGUUUGCCAAAAAGUCCAAACAGGUUUCCAGAUGUCCUGCCCACCAAAGUGCCCACCCAUGCUCUAUGAAAUCAUGCGCAAGUGCUGGCACCUCAGUCCAGAUCAGAGGCCUGACUUCCAGCACCUCAAAGGGAAACUCCACAGUUUCACACACUACGAGAACCCAGGGUGA